GGACUCUCCGGGAGCCUAGGGGGCGGGGGGAGCUGCGCCGCGGGCGCCGCCGCCUCCGCCGCCUGGGACGCAGGGGUGGGGGACGGACGAGCCCCGAUGCCGGGGGAGACGGAGGAGCCGCGAUCCCCGGAGCAGCAGGACCAGGAAGGGGGCCAGGCAGCGGCGGCCGACGCGGCUUCGGACGAGCCCCGGCCCGGCGCGGCGGCGGCGGCGGCGGCAGCGGCGGCUGCGCCUGCAGGCACCGCGAGCAGCCGCGUGCUGAGGGGAGGUCGGGACCGCGGCCGGGCCGCUGCGGCCGCCGCCGCCGCCGCUGUGUCCCGCCGGAGGAAGGCCGAGUAUCCCCGCCGGCGGAGGAGCAGCCCCAGCCACAGGCCUCCCGACGCCCCCGGGCAGCAGCUCGCGGCCGCGAAGCCCCCGUCUCCUGCUCAGGGCAAGAAGAGUCCGCGACUCCAGUGCAUAGAAAAAAUAGCAGCUGAUAAAGAUCCCAAGGAAGAGAAAGAAGAUGAUUCUGUCCUCCCUCAGGAAGUUUCCAUUUCUGCAACUAGAUCUAGCCGGGGCUGGCGCAGUAGUAGCAGGACAUCUAUCUCUCGCCUUCGAGACACUGAGAAUACUCGCAGCUCUAGGUCCAAGACUGGUUCGUUGCAACUUGUCUGCAAGUCAGAACCAAUUACAGAUCAGCUUGAUUAUGACGUUCCAGAAGAACACCAGUCUCCCGGUGGCGUUAGUGAUGAGGAAGAGGAGGAGGAAGAAGAGAUGUUAGUCAGUGAAGAAGAAAUACCAUUCAAAGAUGAUCCAAGAGAUGAGACCUACAAGCCUCACCUUGAAAGGGAAACCCCAAAGCCACGGAGAAAAUCAGGGAAGGUGAAAGAAGAGAAAGAAAAGAAAGAAAUUAAAGUGGAAGUAGAAGUAGAGGUGAAAGAAGAAGAGAAUGAAAUUAGGGAAGAUGAGGAGCCUCCUAGGAAGAGAGGGAGAAGGAGAAAAGAUGACAAAAGUCCACGGUUACCCAAGAGGAGAAAAAAACCUCCAAUCCAAUAUGUCCGUUGUGAGAUGGAAGGAUGUGGGACUGUUCUUGCUCACCCUCGCUAUUUGCAGCACCACAUUAAAUACCAGCAUUUGCUGAAAAAAAAAUAUGUAUGUCCCCAUCCCUCCUGUGGACGACUCUUCAGGCUCCAGAAACAACUUCUGCGACAUGCCAAACAUCAUACAGAUCAGAGGGAUUAUAUCUGUGAAUAUUGUGCUCGGGCCUUCAAGAGUUCCCACAAUCUGGCAGUACACCGGAUGAUUCACACGGGCGAGAAGCCAUUACAAUGUGAGAUUUGUGGAUUUACUUGUCGACAAAAGGCAUCCCUUAAUUGGCACAUGAAGAAACAUGAUGCAGACUCCUUCUACCAAUUUUCUUGCAAUAUCUGUGGCAAAAAAUUUGAGAAGAAGGACAGCGUAGUGGCACACAAAGCAAAAAGCCACCCUGAGGUGCUGAUUGCAGAAGCUCUGGCAGCCAAUGCAGGCGCCCUCAUCACCAGCACAGAUAUUUUGGGCACUAACCCAGAGCCCCUGACACAACCUGCAGAUGCUCAGGGGCUUCCUCUUCUUCCUGAGCCCUUGGGAAACUCAACAUCUGGAGAGUGCCUACUGCUAGAAGCUGAAGGGAUGUCUAAGUCAUACUGCAGUGGGACAGAACGGGUGAGCCUUAUGGCUGAUGGAAAGAUCUUUGUGGGCAGCGGCAGCAGUGGGGGCACUGAAGGGCUGGUCAUGAACUCGGAUAUUCUCGGUGCUACCACAGAGGUUCUGAUUGAAGAUUCAGACUCUCCUGGACCUUAGUGCAAAGGAAGACUUUGGGCACUGGGACAGUGCAGACUUUGUAUUUAAAAGAUAAAAAGGACAAAAAAAAAAAAAUUUAAAGCAUUUAAAAUCUAGUAAAAUAACUGAAGGGCCUGCUCUUUGCAUUGUGGAUCACAGCACACAGACACACACACAUACACAAACACAGAGUCUCUAUCCCCCCUUCUCCUUCCCUCUCCCUCUACCCCUUCCCCUGAACUCCCCUCACUCAUCCUUAAAACAUUGAUGUUGCCUUUACCAGAAAGGUCAUUGAAAAAGCAGCAGCAUACUUGGUUCCAGCCAACAGCUGACUUCCUGCUCAUUGGCAGAUCUCCUUUUCCCAACCUAUAACUGAUGUGCUCUGGAUCAGCUUUUAACUCAUAAUAAUAUAUUACUGUCAUUUAAAUCUUUUCUCCUCUACUGCUGCCCUAUGGCUCUGGCUUCUCCCCACUGCAACAACCAACACUUAUCAAAUAUUAUAUAAUUCUAUUUUCUGAAGGCUGGCAGCUUGACUUGGCACUUUAGGGCCCCUUAGCAGGAUGCUGUUAAAACAGCACAUAUCUCUCACCCCUCUUCCAUUAUUUACUGGGUUUGGGGAAGGAAGGAUACAUGGGGACCACCUCCCUCCCCUUCAGUGGAUCCCAGCACCUCAGUCCCCCCUCCCAAACCUCCAUAUGGCUCUUAAUGGUGCUCACUUGCUUGGAAGCAGGCUCCCAAGAGAGAGGGGACUGCCCUGUGUACAUACAGUCUUCUGUAAGGCUGUAAGACAGGGCUCUAUGUCAGUGAGAAAAGUCCCAGGCUAAUGGCAGAAAUUUGCACUUUGAACAUGUGUGUUUUUGUGUUGUGGAACCUGAGAUUCCUUAUUUAUUAAUGGAAAGUCUGAUUUUGGGGGGGGAGGGUCUUUGUUGCUAUGUUUUGUGGGGCUGGGAGAGUAGAUUAUUCUGACAUGGGAUCCUUCCUACAAGAGGUACUUUGAAGGCAAGGCUUAGAGUUAAAGAAGCACAGCCAGCCUCUAAAAUCAUAGUUUUCCAGUGGCCUUUAAAGAAAGCUGGUCCUCAGCACUAACAGAAUCACUACAGUAGCCUAGUGCUUUUUUGGAAGCCUUAGGGAAGGUUGAUAGGUUUGUGGUAACUAGUGUGCUCUUUUGAGAUACAAGGAUUUGAGGGGAUGAGGAAUGUUGUUCAAGGUCUGAAUCACACUUAAAAGAUUUUUUUCUUCUGUGAAUUUAUUUUCUCUUUUUGUCCUUACUGUUUCUUUGCAUUUAUCUCCCUGCUGACCUAACUGGCUCCUUGUUUUGAUUUCGGUUUUGGUUUUGUCAUUGGUCAUUCCAGCUCUCCCUUAGUGGGAGACUAGACCGUGUCAUUCAUGAAGGAACAAAAUUAAGAGUCCUAGAGUUUUGGUUAAGAGAAAACUGUUGUGUCUUGUUUCCCCUAUAGAAAAGACAAAAUUUGAAUAGACAUAAACAAAGGUGGAAAUCUGUGUGAUAAUGUCUUUGGCUUUCCCCGAAUUAUCUAUUUUCCUUGGAGUAGGAAUUUUAAUGCAUUGUGGAUUAUUAAUAUCAUUGGGAGACGCAGAUCGUGUUUUUACAUGCUUAUACCUCUCAGAAGACUAAAACCCUAAUUCAGCUUCCCUUUUUUUGAGAAUUAGAAGUGCAGUUCCUCCCUGUGUGCUCCAAAAUCUGCCAUUGAAGACCUGGCCGGUUGUCAGAAAUACAUGAUGACUGUUGGGAAAAUUAAGAGUCUGACUGAGAACAAAAUAAGGAACAGCUUGUUUUUCACAAACACUAAAACUAUGGAGUUUAUCAAAUUUUCUCUGUUUAAUUUUUUCUCAAAAAAAUGUCAUCUCUGAAAGACACUUACUGUACACCCACCAAUGUCACUGGUUGGGAUGCCAGGGAGGAGGGAGGAAGACACCUACAGGAACAAUCUUAAACACAUUAUUGUUUUCUCUAGUGUUGCAGGAUUUGCCAUCCCUUCCAUGAAAGGGAAGAGAAGGCGUGAAGACAGGCUGUCCUACCCCACAGAGUUUGACUUUGGUACAUUGGUUUGAAAUGUAUAUUGACUUUGGUACAUUGGUACACAGAUUUGAAAAUACUGUAAGAGUAAUUAUAAAUGGAACUGCAACAAAGUUGCUCUACUUGAUACUGUUUCUCUAGCUAAUAUAUGUAUCCUACACUUACCCUUUGUUUUUCACAUUUAGACUGUCUCCAUAAAUUUCAUUUAGAGUGAUUACUCAUCCAUCAGAUAUAGCCACCCACAGAAAAGCAGACUGCAUUGUAAACAUCUCUUCUUUCUGGGAUGGGGAGAAAUGUUCUUUUCUGUACCUCACUCCCCUCCCCAGGAAAGCAACUAGUUAUAAUAAUUAGAAACUUCCUGUCCUCUCAUUUGGGGGAGGGGAUGUAAAGGGGGCUGGGUCAUCUUCAUAGCUACCAUUUGCUGACAAUAAAUUAUUGUAGCAGUUUGCAAUAAAUUUUAAGAUAUUUUUCA